CCUGUCGUAUUUUCGACCCCUCGCAUGUAUCUCUACACCCACACACAAAUUCACUUCAGAUUCUACACACAGCCACCUAUACUCUCUCUCUCUCUCUCUCUCUCUCUCCGCCAAUGGCCGGAGUCCUGAACCUCGCACCACCUCCAAUUUUCCGGCCGAUUCCAAUUCGAAGACACCCAAAAACGACCAGAUUUUCGAUUAGAUCAUCGGCGGAAGUCUCGGAAACGCCUUUGGCUGCUGUGAGCACAAAAGAAGAAGAGGAAUCGAAAUUAAGGUUUUCGGCUCCACCCAAUUUCAAGCCGCCGCAGCCGAAGCGGUUCUCGGUGAGGCCCGAUAAGAUUCUCGACAUCAUGGGGGCCGCUCUCGCUCUCUUCUUUCGCCUUGGCACUGGUGCUCUUGUUUCUGGGUAUUCAGGAUCUCUAGUGGCAAAGAACGAGAUCCCACCUGACAAGUAUGCACUUGAAAUUGCUGGUUUCAAGUUGAAAGAGACUUCAAAAUUAGGUCCUCGCCCAGAGAAGCCUAUUGAGAUAUAUGAGUUUGAAAGCUGCCCAUUUUGUCGGAAGGUCAGGGAAAUUGUUGCAGUAUUGGAUCUUGAUGUCCUAUUUUAUCCAUGCCCAAGAAAUGGUCCAAAUUUCCGUCCAAAAGUUGGUCAGAUGGGUGGAAAACAGCAGUUCCCUUACAUGGUGGAUCCAAACACCAGAGUUGCAAUGUAUGAGUCAGAUGACAUAAUUAAAUAUUUGGUUGGGAAAUAUGGUGAUGGAAAUGUCCCUUUCAUGUUGUCACUUGGUCUACUGACGACUUUGACAGAAGGAUUUGCCAUGAUUGGUCGCAUGGGAAAGGGGUCUUCUUAUACUCCAUCAAAACUACCACCCAAACCUCUUGAAGUAUGGGCAUAUGAGCCAUCUCCAUUUUGCAAGAUUGUACGUGAAGUACUUGUAGAGUUAGAGCUGCCACACUUACUUCGAAGUUGUGCUCGUGGCAGCCCAAAACGACAGAUUUUAUACGAGAAAGCUGGACAUUUCCAGGUGCCUUAUUUAGAAGAUCCAAAUACUGGGGUGCAAAUGUUUGAGAGUGCAGAGAUAGUGGAAUAUCUAAGAGCAACAUACACUCUUUGAAGGCAAAAGUUUCCUAUGUGUUUUCAGGUUUUGCAUCUUAUGCUCUUGUUGUAUACAAUUGUCUGCUUUACAUCCAUUUCCUGAUCUGGAUCAUUACACAGCAAAAACAAGUUAUUUAAAGGAUGUACUGAAUGUGUUUUUUGUUUUGGGCAAAUGGUAAACGAGGUUCCUUCGCUUGGUAUUGAUGUACAAGAACAGUUACUCUCAUGAAUGUAUACUGUACUUCAUCCUGAAUGUAUACUGUACUUCAUCU